CGCCGGAAGAGAAGCGGGUCUCUUCGCGGCCGGCCAUCUUGUGCGGCAGCGAGCAGGGCGCGGGGGGGCCCGGCAGCAUCGGAGCAGGAUCCCGCCGACGGGGGCCCAUCAUGCCCGGACACCUGCAGGAGGGCUUCGGCUGCGUCGUCACCAACCGCUUCGACCAGCUCUUUGAUGACGAGUCCGACCCCUUCGAGGUGCUGCGGGCGGCCGAGAGUCGGCGGAAAGAGAGCGGCGGCGGCGGCGGGGCCCAGGGGGGCGGCGGGGCCCGAGGAGGCCCGGCGGGGGCGCAGAGCAACUCCUCGGGCGGUGCCGGCGGCGGAGGGCCGGGCCAGGCGGGAUCGGGCGGCGGAGCGGGCAGCGCGGCCAAGCAGCUGCGCAGGGAGUCCCAGAAGGAGCGCAAGAACCCGCUGCCGCCCUUCGCCGCCUCCGCCGGGGGAGAGCGCCGGGAGGAGGGCGGCGGGCAGCCCGGAGCGCCGCUGCGGAAGGAGGGGAUAAGGCGCAUUGGCAGGAGGCCUGAUCAGCAGCAGCAGCAGCAGGGCGAAGGCAAACCCAUUGACAGGAGACCUGAGAGACGACCUCCUCGUGAGCGCCGAUUUGAUAAACCUGUCGAUGAGAAGGGCGAAGGAGGAGAAUUCUCUGUUGAUAAACCCAUCCUGGACCGACCGAUGCGUGGACGUGGUGGACUUGGAAGAGGCCGUGGCCGUGGCCGUGGGAUGGGCAGAGGAGAUGGGUUUGACUCUCGUGGCAAACGUGAAUUUGACAGACAUAGUGGCAGCGAUAGAUCUUCUGUUUCACAUUCGCAUUUCAGCGGCCUGAAGCACGAGGACAAGCGAGGUGGCAGUGGAUCACACAACUGGGGAACCGUCAAAGACGAACUCACCGAAUUGGAUCAGUCUGCUGUAACUGAGGAAACGCCAGAGGGAGAGGAACAUCCGCCUGCUGAUUCUGAAAACAAGGAAAAUGAGGUUGAAGAAGUUAAGGAGGAAGGUCCUAAGGAAAUGACCCUGGACGAAUGGAAAGCUAUUCAAAGUAAGGAUCGUGCAAAGGUUGAGUUCAACAUCCGUAAACCAAAUGAGGGUGCUGAUGGGCAAUGGAAAAAAGGAUUUGUUCUUCACAAGUCAAAGAGCGAGGAGACAAAGGCGAUGACAGAAAUGCAGGGGAGUCUGCUGGAGUCAAAUGAGGCCCACGCUGAGGACUCGGUAAUGGAUCAUCACUUCCGUAAGCCUGCCAACGACAUCACAUCCCAGCUGGAGAUCAACUUUGGAGACCUCGGCCGCCCCGGACGCGGUGGUCGAGGGGGCCGGGGUGGCCGAGGACGUGGAGGCAGGGCCAGCCGUGGGGGCAGGACUGACAAGUUGGUUAAGGAGUUUGAUGUGAUCCACACGCCCAACCAGUCAAGUGCUUCUGCUCCUGAUGUAGAUGACCCAGAGGCUUUCCCAGCUCUGUCCUAAACUGGAUGUCAUAAGCCAACCCUGCCCUCGUUGGGCCUUCCUCUCCGAGGCUUGCAUGCUUAAGGAUCCUAAACAACUAAGAAAUUGAAAAAAAGAAAAAAAAAAAAAAAAAAAAAAAAAAAGAGGAGACUGUCAUUCAUACCAUUCACACCUAAAGACUGAAUUUUAUCUGUUUCGAAAAUGAACUUCUCUCGCUACACAGAAGCAACAAUAUGGUAGUCAGUUUUGUAUUUAGAAAUGUAAUGGUAGCAGGGAUGUUUUCAUAAUUUUUUCAGAGAUUAUGCAUUCUUCAUGGAUACUUUUUUGUAUUGCUGCUUGAAAAUAUGCGUUUCCAAACUUGAAAUAUAGGUGUGAACAGUGUGUACCAGUUAAAAGCUUUCACUUCAUUUGUGUUUUUUUUUUUGUUCUGUUUUUUUUUUAAUUCAGGAUUUUAGAGAUUUUCCCCUGACUGCGAGCUGGAUUUGAAUCCUUGCACACUACUUGUGUUCCCUUAGCUCCUGCUUAGCAGGUUUUUAUCAACCCGUGCUCUUCUGGGAUAUGUGGCAUUUUAAUUUGGCAGACUGAGCGCUGUCUGAAAUACCAACCCCUGGAGUUACUUUGGUUUUAGUGCUUAAUUUCAAACUUGGAAAAACAGUCAUUUUUCAUCUGCUUGGUAGCUCGUUUACACAAAAGCUUUAUACAGAAUUGUUACCAGAUACUUGAAAAAUACUCAAAGCACAUUGGGUUCUGGUUCCGUAGCCGUGUAUCCAGCAGCGAUACGUGGAUCUUUGGUCUGAACAGGUUUUAAAAUUAGUGUGACACUUUUCAUUCACCCUUCUUACCUUUUUAUUCCCUCCUUCAACAGAACAAGAAGCUUUGUUGGCAAAAAGGAAGAAAGAAAAAAAAAAAGCUUUUAAAUCACCUCUGUUUCUCCCUUGGGAGGGUGCCCUGUAGCUGAGCCACCUCUCCUCCUGUGCAGAGCUGGGGGGGAGGUGGCGGCUGCAGCUCUGGUGCUCCUCCAGGGCUGUGGCACGGUGCCCCAGGACAGCGGGAUCCCAUGUGCUCACAGCACGCCCCCACAGCCCUGCUGAAGAGGCAGCCCUGGCAGGAGGAACGGGGCACUGCAGUCUGUGUGUGAUGCAGAAGGGCGCAGAGCAGAACCCCAGCGCUUCACCUUUAGUCUAAACCUUGUCCUGCGUCUGCGUGCUGCUGGAGGUUGGACUGCUGGUUGACAAAUGAAUGUUUUCCAGGGAGCGAUUGUAAGAAAUCCUUCGUACCCCUGUAGUCACUUGUAGGUUUAAUUUAACCCCUGCCAGUGGGGACCUCACCACUUCAGCACCCAAAAGCAGUUCAGAGAAUGACGAAUAAGGAGGGUUUCGUAGGGUUUUUAUCUGCAGCAUUUAGUAGGAGACUAGAAGCAGGAUUCUCAUUUUAUUUAAUGUUUUACACUUUGGACAGCUUAAAACAUUUGUAGUUUCUUAACUAGGUAGAUAGAAAACAAAUGGUAAUGCCCUAUUUUUUUAAAAGCUGUACAGGACAGGCAAAAAGAAUGGGAGACCUUUGACUAUGUAACCCCGAACUCCUUAACCAUGGCGUUGGCUGGCUUGAUUUCCCUGAACUAUUUUCUACAGAUGUGUUUGUUGUAAACCACUGUUAAUACCAUCAGAUCAGACUUGCUGGUGUUCUCACCUGCCGCUUGGAAGCACCGGGCUGGGAGGAGGAGGCGAGUUUUCAGCUGGUGGAUGGCGAUGGCUCUUGGUUCGUUUCCCCCAACUGAGCAGGCAGGCAGGUGCUCGGUGCAGGGGCUGCAAUCCUUCCAGCACUGAGUGUUUCUCUUCUGUCUCCCGCUGUGAGUUGGUAGAAUGUGCUGCAGUUUCAGUUUUGGGACGCCUCGAGUAAUACAACUAAUUGCCUUGACGUGCAGAAACGCUUACAGAAAAGCUUUCUCUGUAACAUAAGCCUUCCCCAUCUCCAGACUGUGUAUCUGCUGUUGUUUCAGUUGUCACUCUGCUUUUUUCCAGAUGCCUUCUGGGCUGUCCAGUUGGGCAUUUGGGGCCAGGCUGGCCGGAAGCUUUCCCUUCUGCUUUAGAGAAUAGAGCAGCUCCUGGAACAGCACGUCACGUGCGGUGCUCGAGACAGCUUGUACUUAACAUUGGUCUGUCUGCUGUUCUGAUAGAUGUAAAUUUGCCUCUUGCAGUCCAUUCGUGUCAAGAACUAAAACUGUGAACAUAUAUCUUUAAUAUUGGUGGGUGUUAACUGAAAUAAAGGUUUAUUUUCAUGCUCUUUUAAAAA